CCUGGCUGAAGUCGGACGCUUAACCGACUGCCGCCACCCAGGCGCCCCUCCCCUGUGCUCUUUGAGGCUUAUUCCUGCUUCCCCCUCUCUGAGCACUGCCUCUCACCCUGGGUUCCUCUACCUGCCUCAGUCCCACAUCACUUCCACAUGGUCUCUCCUUCACUCAGGCUUUUCACACUUUUGCCUGGACUUUAUAUUUCUCCCCCAUUCUGCUGCUAUCACUCCCUCCCUGGCACCCUAGACUCUGUAGGCUGGUUCCUCCAAGUCACCUCUGCCUUGGUCUCCCCCUGCAGGUCCUCCUUCCACCCUUCUGCACUCUGCCUGAGGCUGAUGUUGCCUCCCAGUCUCAGUCCCAGUCCUAGCUGUGUUUCUGCCCUGAUUCUUUAUCAGAUUCUCUUUUCUUGCUCAGUUUCAGGUGUGGUUGCUGGCCUUUGCCCCCACCCUCUUCCGUGGGGUCUCUUCUGGACAUGCCAGAGCUCCAAUUCGACCUAUUUCCUCCUCUCCUUCCUAUUGUAAAGGUUCAGGUGUUGCCUUCUGGCUCCCAGUCUCUGCCAGGACCUCCCUGGUUGUGAAGCAAGAGGUCUUGGGCUGAGUUGGAAUACCAGCCAUGUUCUUCCCCAUGUACCAUCUUCACCUGGACUUACUCACCUGUAAAAUGUGGGAAAUAAUAUAGGAGCUUCAGGAUAUAACGCAUGGUAAUGCAGUGAGAAUUAGCGCUGUGGUAAGGAAUACAGCAAACUCAGAGACUAAAGAGAUGGUGACCUGAGCCAAAAUCAAGUCAGAUGCUUAACUGACUGAGCCACCCAGGUGCCCCUCAAACCAUUAUAAACACCUAGGAAAUUGACCUGAGAAUUCAUGCAAAAUCUGCAUAAUUUGAGCCAGAGAACAUGACAGCUUUGUGGUGUGGAGAGGUGAAUUGGGGGAGAGAAAAGCCACAGAGCUGCCAAGUGUAGGAAGCCAUUUUCACAGAGGACAGAGAGAGAAAGAGAAGGGGGGAAAGUGAGGCGCAUUGGGAUCAUGCAAGUAAAGCACUAUCCCUGAAAGAGGCUAGACAGAAAGAUUGAAAACACUUGCAGGGAACUGGAAGUUCCCCAGACCAUUGUUCCCCAAAACCAUUGCUAGAGAGAAUGGAAAGGGUUUCGUUACUGCCAGCAUUCUAUAAACAGUGGAGCACAGAGUCUGAAGUUUCAGAGCUCAGUGUCUGGCUAUGCUCUGGUGAGGAAGGAAAGCGAAUCCUCAGGAGCAGGCAGCUUGGUAUGAGUGGUCUGUGUGCCACAUGGGGAGAAGUGGCUCCCCUGCUUGGACUGCAUUUGGUAGAGGCCAUACAGCUUCCCUGUGGACGAAAGUCACAGAAGACCCCAGAGAGCUGCCACGUUUACUGCUAUAGUGAAAAGAUACCAGCUGAGUGCAGCAAAGCCUGGCACCAGGUGUGUGUUGUGAUUUACCAUAAACUCUGAGCCUUUGCCACUGCAAAAUUGGGUGAAUGUUUUCUGGGACAAGCUGGUACCAGGACAUUGCUCAGCAAGAUACACAAUGGAAUAUUACUCAGCGAUCAAAAACAAUGAAAUCUUGCCUUUUGCAACAACGUGUAUGGAAGUAGAAUGUAUUAUGCUAAGGGAAAUAAGUCAGGCAGAGAAAGACAAAUAAGGGGAAUGAGAUGGCACCUUCUUUUGGUCACCAUUCAGGGUCUUGGCAGCCCUAGUUUUGAUUACUUAGAGCAGGAAGCUCUCUAGACAGAGAAUAUAUAUAUAUAUUCUCCAGCACAAUGCUCAAUGUAUAUUCAGUUAAAAUAUGCUACAAACUAUGAAUGACUAUCUCAGAAAGUCCUUUAUGGUGAAGCCUAAGCCAGAUCUCUUUUAAUUUUAUUCCUGGAGUGAUGGGAAACAUGGGUGAGAGGGCGGGGAUGGAUGGUGAUGAUAGAGGAAACUAGUAGGAGAUUCUGGAACAGGCAGCUUUAGGGGGUGCUUCCAUCCUUUUUAAAGAGCUGCUUAGAGGACUCUUUAGCUGGAUCUGGGAGUGGCCUCCAAAUGACAUAGGCUGGACUCCACAUGGCUUCCCUCACUCUCCUCCUGCCAACCAGGACCUCCUCCAAACCCAGGACCCUGGGAAGCUUGUUUCCUUUUAAAUUCCAUCUUGCCUCCAAAAAGUCUCCAACAAAGUCCCACUUAAGCUCUUAGUCCACCAAGUCACUCAUAUAGGGUCCCACUAGUCUUCCAUCACCCUCCUCCAGCUUUCCUCUAGAUUUUGCCUAAUCUACUUCCUUCACUCUUUACCAUUCCCUUGUGACCGCCUCCUGAGGGCCCUCCUCCUGAGGACCCCACCUCUCGAGGGCCCUGCCUCUCUAAGGCCCUGCCUCUCAUGGGCUCCACCUCCAGAAGGCCCUGCCUUGGGAUGGCCCCAACUCCCUGUGGGCCCAGCUAAGCUCCACUCCUGGUCCUGACUCUGCUUGGGUAAACUUCCCUCUCCCUGGGUUUUACUUACCCUUUCUUUCAGGUCUUCCUCCUCUGGGGUAGGAAAAGCACCUGGCAUUAUGGAAGAAUAGCACAUAUAAGAUGAAAUAUGAAGCAUCAGCUUUCAAGCCUGAGCAAUAGAACUCAGCAGUGACAACCCAACUUGGCUUAACUGAGACUCAGUGAAUCCAGCUCCAGACUCUCGGCUCUCCACACUUCCUGCAGCUCUCUGAUCCUAGAAUCUUCAACUCCAGCUACAAUGCUGGGUCAGGCACUUUUCAGAUUUGGUAAAAAGCUGCUACGCAGACGUCAGCUGGAACAUUUGGUGACUGAGGAUGUCCCAUGCAGAAGACUGAACACUCUGGAUUUAGUGGCCCUGGGUGUGUGCUCUACAGUGGGUGCAGUUAUAUAUGUCAUAGCUGGUGAAGUGGCUAGAGAUAAAGCCGGACCAUCCAUUGUGAUCUGCUUUUUGGUGGCCGGCCUAACUUCUGUGCUGACGGGGCUGUGCUACGCAGAGUUUGGUGCCCGUGUUCCCCAUUCUGGCUCUGCAUAUCUCUACAGCUAUGUCACUAUAGGUGAACUCUGGGCUUUCAUCACUGGCUGGAACCUCAUCUUUUCCUAUGUUGCUGGUACAGCCAUUGUGGUCUUUGCCUGGAGCUUAGCUUUUGACAACCUGUUUGGGAACCAGAUCUCUCAGACCCUGCAUGAAAACAUCUUACUGCAUGUUCCCCAGGUCCUUGCAGAAAUUCUAGGCUUCUGUGUUGUGGCCCUUGUGUUGUUGCUCAUCGGAUUGCUGACUCUGAGGGCUAGAGAGUCAGGACUGUUUACCAAAGUAGUCACAUUGGUGAGCCUUUUAGUUCUCAGUUUUGUCAUCAUCUCUGGUUUCAUUAAGGGGGACCUGCACAACUGGAAGCUCACAGAAGAGGACUACAUAAAGGCUGGACUCAAUGACACCUCAAGCUUGGGGCCUCUGGGCACUGGAGGAUUUGUGCCUUUUGGCCUCAAUGGGAUUCUCCAUGGAGCAGCUACCUGUCUGUAUGCAUUUAUAGGUUUUGAUAACAUUGUUACCAGAGUUGAAGAAGCCCAGAACCCCCAGCGUUCCAUCCCUAUGGGCAUUGUGAUUUCACUGUUCAUCAGCACUUUGAUGUAUUUUGGUGUCUCUUCAGCACUUACACUUAUGGUUCCUUACUACCAGCUUCAACCUGGGACCCCCUUGCCUGAGGUAUUUCACCAUAUUGGCUGGGCCCCUGCCUACUAUGUUGUAGCUUUUGGAUUUUUCUGUAGUCUUUCUGCCAGCCUCUUGGGCUAUAUGUUCCCCAUACGUCAGCUGAUAUACACGAUGGCAAAGGAUGGCCUCCUCUUCUCUGUCCUUGCCAGGAUCCAAACUGGCACAUACAUCCCCAUAAUGGCCACUGUGAUCUUUGGCAUUAUCGCAGCAAUCAUGGCAUUCUUCUUUGGACUCACUGAUCUUCUGGACUUCAUGUCAAUUGGGACCCGGCUAGCUUACUCCCUGGUGGCUUUUUGUGUUCUCAUCCUCAGGUAUCAGCCUGAGGUGAAGAAAGGGGGAAAUGAAGCAGACGUGCAGGAUGAGAGUGGACCUGCAGAAGAGAAGCUGACUCUACAGAGACUACUUUUUCCAGGCAGUUCCACCCCCACUCCACUCUCUGGCCGGGUUGUCUAUGUUUGCUCCUCACUGCUUGCUCUGCUGCUUACUCUUCUUUGCCUGGUGCUGGCCCAGUGGCCAGUUCUGCAUUCUGGAGACCCAGUGUGGAUUUCAGUGGUUGUGCUGCUCCUGGUGCUCAUCACUGGGAUCACUGGGGUCAUCUGGAGACAGCCACAGAGCUCCAGUCCCCUUCCCUUUAAGGUCCCUGCUCUGCCUCUCCUCCCACUACUGAGUGUCUUUGUGAAUGUUUACCUUAUGAUGCGGAUGACAGCUGGCACCUGGGCCCCAAUUGGUUUCUGGAUGCUGAUUGGGUUUGCUAUCUACUUUAGCUAUGGGAUCCAAUACAGCCUGGUUGCUGAAUCCCACUUAAGUUAGCGCUAAACUGUAGAACUUGUACUCAGGAAUGCAGUACAUAUUUGUUUUGACAUCAUCACACCUGAAUGCAGUCCAGUCCCCUGCACAAUAAUGGUGAAUACUUUUGGACACAUGGAAAGCUAGGCCUCCCGUGGCAUGUUGUUUGGGGGAACAUGAAUAGAGUCGUGUAUUUAUUGUGGAGCAAAGAAUAUGUCUUUACAUUUCCUUCCUUUUUUUUUUUUUACUUGUUUUAUUAUCAGUUGCAUCCAUAAUUGCUUACCGGCUUUAGAAAAUAUUAUUAAAAUAAACUAGAAAAGGUG